AAUCGGAAGGCCUCCUGUGGACCACGACGCGUCUUCAUAUACUUACACAUUCUAAAGAAUCACCCUCUGUACGUACCCGGUGGUGGGCGUGGUCUGCUCACUGCAGUUCACAUCAUCUUUUUCGGUUGUCUGGUUUUUAAUGUGUGAUGCUAGUAGUUGAUGUAGAGAAUGAAGAAAAUAAUGUUGAUCAUUGAUAGAAUAAUUUACUUAUUUGCCAUCGAAGAUGAAGAUCAGCUGCUGCAGAAAAGAAACAUCCUGUUAGUCUAGCACAAUAUCGUGUGAAAAAUCGAAGAUGGGCAACUGCGAAUCUUGCAAGGCUUCCCCCUGUUUGAGCGGCAGGAAGAAGGUGGACCAAGCUUCCACUAUAUGACAACCUCAGGUUGUAAAUCCUCAAAGUGGAAAUAGUAAUUUGUAAUGCAAAAAAACGACUCCAGUUGAAGCGCCAUUUGUAGUCGGCGCAUGACAAAUUUCCCCGGCACUCAAAACGUGUCUGUCGUGCUAGUUAGGCAAAGGGGUGCAGCCCUUCUGUCGUGCUAAUCAGCAGCCCUAUUCUGCACGACACCUAGCAGGACAAUAGUCGGCCUCCAUUGUGUCCUCUACAAUACAGUCUUUUUUGCCUUGCAUUUCAUGCAUCACAAAUUAUUUCCAUUUUGAGGAUUUCCAUUCUGAGGCUUUCAUACACUACCCCAGGCGCCGGGGGGGCGCCCGUGUUUCGGUUCAAGCCCCGGCAGAAGUUCGACGAGCCGGCUUCGUCUUAUGGCGUUCUCAAACGUUACAUUCUCAACUGUUACACGAAUUUGCAAUGCAAGAAGGGAAAAAGUGAAAGGAGGAAGAUUGCGCCUUUUGCAUUACGGAUUUGGGACGGAUUAUAGUGCUAUUUAGCGCGUCGAGAAGUUGUCAUGCGAAGAAGGCUUGAUCGUGUGGAGAGUCAUAGUGUUUUUGCAUGACAAAUCAUGUAACAGCUGAGAGUGUAAAGUUUGAGAACGCCAUACGUCUGCCUUCCCGACGAGUCAAACUGGCACUGUCGGAAAGCAAGGUCCUCGCGACUCCGCAGCAGAGCAGAUCCCCGGAGUUGAGGGUGAUCACGACCUCCAUGAAGACCCGGCAAAGAACUACGCAAUUCGGGAAUCUGCAGCGGAGUUUGCUUUUUUCUCCCCCCCAAUCGAUAACGCAUACGAAGCACGGGAAAGAAACAAACCACCCGCCGCCGCUGCCACGAGAUUGAAUAAACGGACGAACAAAGACCACAAACUACCACACGAGCGCAUGUCGGGUGGCUUUGCGGGCCAGGAAUUUUAUUUGCAGCACAACGAUAUUACUUCUAGGCAGCACCACAUGAUGAAUAACCGCAUUUCCAAUCAAGCAGCGGUCCACGCGGUUGAUGCGGCUUUUUCUUCUACAAGGAUGAGGACGCAAGAACAGAUGGUCUACGGUUUUGAUACGCAGAAGGAGGCCACCAAUUUCCGAAAGCGGAUAUCCUGAGUAAAAACGUCCCCACCCCAUAGUUGUGAUGCAAUUCUGCAUGCCAAAAAAGUUCCUCAUGCGGAGCUCAUUUUGCAUUCGUGUUUUGGAAUUUGUGAUGCUAGAAUCGGCAUGCUAUGCUAGAUCUGUGAUGCUUCUGAACUAGCUAAACGGGAUCACACUGCGAGGACACAGAACUUGUCAUGCCAAGCAACCAUACCCGGUUGAUUUGCAUUUGUCUAGCAGACUUCCGAUCUUGUUUACUCUGGUCGUGUGGGGACGUUUUUAAUCAGGAUAGCGAAUCGUGAAUCCACAGCGCACGGACGAGGAUCUGACCAAGUGCAGCCAGCUUAUGGAUUGCAAAAAUGUCUGGGUCUGGAAACUUGUUAUGCUGCGUUGCGAAUCAUAAGGAUGCCACAAGUGACGGCUCAGCAUGACAAGUUUCUGACUUGCUACGUGUUGUCUAUUCAGCAUCACAAACUGCGUUUUUGCAUGACAGAAAAUUGGAGCUUUUGGGUAACGUGCAUGACAGACUUGAGAUUCAUGCAAGCCGAGCAUGACAAAGUUCCGCGCUUCCAGACCCAGACAUUUUUGCACUGGAUACAGCUGGUGUUGAAUCACAUCUGCAGGUACUCCCUGGCCUCGUCGGUUGAUGACAAGUUGCAAGCCAUUAUCGACCUCAUGAACUUGCAGACGAGAAGCAUCGACGAGUGUGUCGACCUGCAGCUGAAUUUUCUGAACCCCCUGGUCUACAAGGACGGUUCCCGACCGUUCCUGACCAUUGUGGCCGACCUGAUCAAGUGGGUCGUAUGAAAUGCAAAUAUGUUUGGCUCUGGAAAGCUCAAGCUGGAACUUGUAAUUCUGGUCUUCCAUUCCUGCGAACAAAUCUGUAUUGCAUAAGAUCCAACAAAAGUGGCUGCAGCCUCUGACGUCAUACAAAAACGCAGUUUUUCUUCAUGCGGGGUUCGUAUGAGGAAGCGCUCUGCAGAAAACUUGUCAUGUAUUCCUGCAUAACGAAGUGUUUUCAUCAUGCACAUUUUAGCAUCACAAGCUUCCAGCCCCAGACAUAUUUGAAGUGGAUAGGUCGACGUGAGUGCCAAUUUUCGGAACAGCGAGAACCGGAUUACGGAACUGCGGGUGCUUUUCAUCGACGUGAUUCAACGAAUCUAUCAUCGAAGUGAGAUAUGAAUUGCAAAAGUAUCGUAUUCGUAUAAAUGCAUAUACAAAUUUCCUCAGCAUGAGAAAUAUAAUUUGUAGUGCUAUUUUGCCUUAAGAACAGGAUUUGUAAUGCAUGAUUACAAUACGAGUGCGAUACUUUUGCACAGGAUAUGAGAAAAGCACGGGCUUCAUGGCGGAGCGGUGUUACGACUUGCUGAAAACAGGGUGGGACCUGCAUACCAUCCGGAGGGUGUUUGCCUUCCUGGUGGAAGAGGUACGCACUAGUGCUUUUAGUAAAACAACAAGAGCAGCUUCGUUCUAUUUUAUACUGAUGAAUCAGAAUGUGAAUGAUCAAACUGAUUUGUACUUCUAUACCCGAGUACUACAUCAAGAACUGAAUCGUGGUUCAUUCGAUACGUCGUAUCUGUUUUUGCCGUUUUGCUUUUCAAACAUUUGCAGUUCUUCAAGGUGAAAUUCAAGAUGCAGUUCAUUCACUACAGAGAAAGGAACUUCUAGUAGAGCGGGCCCUCGAAGUAAGUAAAAAUAUUUCUAAGUCGGAAAAAAUAAAAGAAAUAAACAAUAUCAGGCCUACAACCCGGAAAUUAUCCACCGUAAGCCGACGAGCCAGGAGAUAAUGAAAUGGAUGGUCAAAAUCCUUCGCGUCCUGCCUCUCGAAUGCGACCACGAAACGGAAGGCCACCUCGUUUUUGAGGAGGAAGUAUCAAAUGUAAAAAUGUCUGGGUCUGGAAGAGAGACUGCAAGUUUGUCAUGCUUGUCUGGAAUGACUCUUAAAUCUGUUAUUCACAUUACCAAAGAGCCCCACUUUUCUGUCAUGCAGAAACGUAGUUUGUCAUGCAGAAUAGGCAACACCUAGAAGCUCAGAAACUUGUCAUGCUGAGCCAGCAAUUGUCGCCUCCUCAUGAUAUGCCACACAGCAUCACAAGUUUCCAGACCCAGACAUUUUUACAUUUGAUAGGAAGUUGUAGAUCGCUACAAGGAGAUUCGGGACGAACGGCCUGGGCAGACGCCGCCGGAAAAAAAUCUGCUCGAACUGGGGAGAUAUCAAAUGCAAAAAUGUCUGGGUCUGGAAGGUUGCGAGACUUGUCAUGCUUGUCUGGCAUGACUAAAAAGCUUCUGAUGCGUGUCCAAGAAGAGACCCUCUUGCCUGUGUUGCAAAAACGCAGUCUGUCAUGCGAAAAACGCAACACAAAGAAGCGCAGAUAUCUCUCAUGCUUGGCUGUGCAUUGCAGAGCAUUCACUACUCCCAACGCAGCAUUACAAGUUUCCAGACCCAGACAUUUUUACAUUUGACAGGAGACAGCUGAAACAGUUAGAAAAAGAAGAGUACUACGCACAGAUCAACUAUGGAAGCGCCAGGUUUGAAAUCGACAGAGUUGAAAUGAUUUGCCAUGCAUCAAAUGCAAGGCAUGAAGUGCCUCUCUUGCCAGGAUGGCAAGCGAGGCCGAUUGUGAGCCUGUUUAGGGUUUCAAAUAGACCUGCUAAAGCUGCAUGACAAAAGCAGUCUUCUGGGUCCAAACAGCAUGACAAACUGGAUUCCGGUGCUGCGCAAAUUUGUCAUGCGCCGCUUGAUAAGUGGGCAUCCGACUGGUGUCGGUUUUAUGCAUGACAAACUAUUUUUUCAACUUUGACGAUUUCGAUCCUGACACAUCCAUAUCAACAACAAUCAGAACUUGGCUGCCGGUCUUUUUGCGGAUCAAUAUGUAGAUGAGCCCCGGAAAGUAUCAAAUGUAAAAAUGUCUGGGUCUGGAAGAAUGCAGGAGUUUGUCAUGCAGAUUUUGCAUGACCCAUGAGGUCUGUGAUGCAUGCCCUAACAUCAGAGAUUUUGCGAGGGCUUUCUGAUGCUCAUACCGCAUGAGAAACGCCAUCACCGCGCAGCACAGAUUACACCUCUUUUGCUGUUCAUGCAAUACAGAUUUUAUGUAGAUUCCAAAAGUAGCAUCACAAGUUGUAUUUUUCCAGACCCAGACGCUUUUGCAAUGCAUAGAAGGGCGGACCUGCCUAUUUGCGGGGACAGAUGAUCAAAAACAGUCCGGAAGUGGAGGGGAGACGAAAUAUCAAAUGUAAAAGUGUCUGGGUCUGGAAGAGCCAAACUUGUGAUGCUGCAUUUGGAUGCUAAAAAAACCUGUAUUGCAUGACCACCAAGAGGAUUCAAAUUUGGCUACGCGGAGAGGGCAUUUGUCGUGCGGAAUGCGCAUAGAUAAGCGCUCAAAACAUCUGUGAUGCUAUGGCAUACAUCACAGACAUCAUGGAUCAUGGAAAAUGUGCAUGACAAAGCUGCGCUCUUCCAGACCCAGACAUUUUUGCAUUUGAUACGAAAGCGCGAGAAAGAGGCAAAAGAACGAGAUCUUGAGCACCCAGCAGAGGAGACAGCGACAGAUCAGCAAGAAGAGCAAAAAACUACUUUCACGGGACGACAGACGUUGACUACACCCCAACAAAAACAUCAAGGCAAGCCAGGGAUGAUGCUAAACAAAAGGGACAAGAAUAAAGGCGAGGAGUUUCUUCAGAGAAUGACCACGGACGACCGACUCCGGGCUACGGCGAUGGAUGGAGCUGCAGGCGGCGGAGUUCUUUAUUCUUCUCCACAAGCUGCACCUCCAAGAACGUCUUUGAUGAGGAACAAAAAUCAGAUACGGAUUUCUGAUUUCACAGGGGAGGAGGAUUAUGGUGCGCGUGCGAAGAAGUACGGAUACAAAAAUAAGGGCGGAGGAGGUGGUGGUCCUGGUCCUCGCGGUAAAAAUACACGACGUCAGAAAUCUUCAUACCAGCACAAGAUGACGGCCUAUCAGCAAACCCAAUCUGCGGUGGAAGCCCCGAAGAGCUUUCACUUUUCCGCGAUGAUGGCACGGACCACUUCUGGGAACGAUGGUGCGCAGCUUAUCCUGAGUAAAAACGUCCCCACACCAUACUCAAGAUGGGGAAUCGGCUAGACAAAUCCACAAGUUUUGGCUGUUUUGCAUGACAAAUUUGGAUUCGUAUUGUAGUGCGGUUUAAGCUAGCUCAGCAGCAUCACAGAUAUAGCACACCAUGCUGAUUGGAGCAUGACAAAUUGCCAAGCACAACUAGAAAAUGCUUCUCAUGGGGCUCCGCAUGAGACACAUUUUCAGCAUGCAGAGUUGCAUUACAGCUAUGGGGUGGGGACGUUUUUAAAUAGGAUACAGCUGCAUAAUUCUAAUUCAACCGCCGCGCCACUGUCGGGAUUGAGCGGAGGGCCGGGCGGCAUCAUGAGUGAGGAGGACCUUGACUUUGCGCUGUCCUGA